AUGUUUAACUUUCUAACCGACUCUCUCGCCCCGAGAGCUAACGUACACUCUGGACGACCGCCUGGCAGGAUUGCGUUUCGUGGGUCGAUCGCGCCGCGGCUGCUCGUCGCUCUGCAUUUCGUUCUCGCGUUCGCCCCGCUGACUAACACCCAGCGCGUCGCGGAGCGGCAGCUACGACAACGGAAUCGCCUGCCGCGCUACCUAGACUUUAAUUUCUCAGACGCCAACGGUUUAUGCGGGUCGUGGGCGAGUGACUACGCCGCGUUGCACCGCCUAAUACUGGAACGCGCUUCAAACGCGUACGUGGCAUGGCAAAAGGCGGAUGGGAUACAGCAGCCGGUGAGGAGAGCGGGGCAACGAGAAGGGGAGAUGCAGAAGUCAGAUGACACGGACGACGGGAAGGCGGAGGCGGAGGCGGAGGCGGAAGAGGAGGCGGAGGAAGGAGGAGAGGAGGAGGGGGAGGAGGACCGUCCCAGCCGCUUCUAUGCGCGCGACCCGUCCAUUCGUUUCCUCACAUUCGAGUGGCUGGACGGCUGUGGAGGCUUCGCGGACGUGCUCGCGGGGCUGGUAACCGCCUUCGUCGUGGCUCUCCUCGACAAUCGCGCGCUCAUCAUCCGAAACCGCUGCCUGCCCGCAGCCUUCGAGCCCAACAUGAUCAACUGGCAGCCCGCCCCGUUCGUGCCGUUGGAACCUGCGCGGAACCUCUCGUUUGUGGACCGAGGGUGGAGGACGAUCCCGCAGCGCGCGCGCGACGGGGAGGUGGUGCUGGUGUGGCUGCGGAACAAGUUUGUGAAGAUUGAGCCGUUUUUUAGGCCGCUUGAAGGGGCCGUGAACGUUCGCAUGACGAGCAACCGCGGCGUGCUGACGUGGCUGCAGACGAGGGCGAGGGGGAAGUGGGCAGCGAGGUUCACGGCGAUGGGCAUGCGCCUGCCGUACGCUCUUGGGUGCUCGCUGCGUUUCCUCAUGCGGCCCAAGCCGGAGGUGCAGGCGCUGUACCGCAGCAUCGAGCGGCGCCUGCGCAGGAGGUCGUGGGCGGGAGGAGCAGGGAUGAGGAGGCGCCGCGUGGCAACGGUGGGGAUUCACGUCCGUGUGCGCGACGAGGUGGUGUGGGCGGGCGACAGGGGGGCGCCCAAGGAGCUCAACGACACGCAGGUGGACGUGCUGCUUGCCCGCGCCAGGCGGUGGCUUCAGUGCGCUCGGCGGGUGGAGGCGUACUGGUUCCCGUCGUCUGUGGCGGUGCGCUGGAUGCUUGUCACCAACUCAGUGCAGCUCAAGGCCGCCAUUACAUCCCGCUGCUCUUUUCUCUUUCUUGAGCUGGAUUUCUCUGUGUCUCCUUCCCUUUUCGUUUUUCUGCUGCUGCCAGGUCAUCACAACCGACUUCAUACCUCGUCAUUCCAAUAG